AUGAUGAUGUUGAGGGACGCCAACGAGGUACUCAGGCGCAAAAACAACGAGCUCGAGACGAAAGCCAGUAGGCAAGAGGCCACUAUUAGCAAGAUGGCAAACGAGAUCAUGGAAAUCAAGAAACUUCUGACGACCCGUUCCACCAAUAACGAAACGCACCAAGCGGUAUCAUGUGAACCAACACCCAGCAUCAGCAGCGCUGUACCAUCAACAUCCGCUGAGAAGGAACCGACACCCAAGAGACGAACUAUCGAGAACUUGAAGGAGCGCAAGCUCAACGACCGGGUGGACAACCUGAAAGACAAGGUCGACCAAAUCGAGGAACACCUCGACGGGCUCGAAGAUUAUAUUAAGACAACGUUCACCACGAUGAUUAACGACAGAGCCAGCACCGUGGCGGGGACUCACAGGCUCGUCGCCUGCGGGGACUUCAACGCGGCACACCCGGCAUGGGGAUAUAACAAGCAAUUGACCAAGGGGCGAGACCUGUUCCAAGACACAUUAGACCUGGGCUUCACCCUCAUCAAAGACCCGACUGAUCCUACAAGGAUUGGGAGCUCUGUGUCCAGGGAUACGACGCCGGACCUCACGUUCGUGAAGAACGACGAGAAAGGGAAUAUCUCCUGGCGCAACACGGGGUCAGAGCUCGGCAGCGACCACUACAUCAUAGAGGUCUUCAUACCGGAAGAGGUCAAGACCUCGGAGGACACCAGAAAACGUAAUUUUACGGAUUGGGAUGCCUUCCGUAGCCUGUUACCAACGGAGAUGGAGAAAAUCGAGAACAUAGAAGAAUGGUCAGGCCACAUCGCGGGGAAGGUCAAGGAGGCGACCAAAAUCAUAGAAACGGAUGAGCAGGUUGACAAGGUUGACAGCCGCCUCGCGCACUUAUUCGAAGCAAAGCAAUCUAUCCUAAACAGGUGGAAGAAGCAACGACUAAAUCGGCGCCUAAGGGAGAAGGUGGCAGAGCUGAAUCGCGCCAUCGAAGUUCAUUGUCGGCUGCUCUGCACGCAACAAUGGAACGAAAUCUGUAAUGCUGCGGACGGGCAGAUGCAUUGCGGCAAAACCUGGAACUUGAUGCGGCAUCUGCUCAACGAGACUAAAACAAAAUCCAACCAACGCGACCGCCUCGCAAAGAUCAUUCACAGAGCAUUCAAGGAAAACGGGGAAACUGCAGUAAUCAGACGCAUAAACAGCAAGUACCUUCCGGUUACACCCACGGAAAGGCAUCCUGAGUACGGCGGUCAAGCCAACGAGAAGUUUGACCACGACAUCAGCGUCGAGGAGUGGAAGACUGCCAAGACCAUACUCAUCCCCAAACCAGGCAAGCCGCCGAACACGGACAACCUCCGGCCCAUCUCGCUCACGUCCUGCGUGGGCAAGGUGUUGGAGCACGUCCUCAUGUGUAGGUGGCAGGGUUACCUGGAGGAGUCGGGACUAUGCCCCACCACGAUCAUCGGGUUUCGGCGUUCCCUCGGCACUCAAGACGCGAUGAUUCUGUUGAAGAAAGAUAUAAUUGACGAUGACACCCUAACGAAAGACAACAAGGCCAUUCUGGGGCUGGACCUGCAGAGCGCCUUCGACAAGGUGAAGCACUCUGCAAUCCUAGCCCAGGGGUCCAGACUCAACAUGGGCGCAAAAACGUACAAUUACAUCAAGGACUUUCUGACGGGACGGACUACCGAGCUCUGCGCCGGCGAUCUACGACUCCAAGAGAAGAGGCUCGGCAGUGUCGGGACCCCCCAAGGCUCGGUCAUCUCGCCGUUGUUAUUCAACCUUGUUAUGAUCGGGGUGACCAAGUGA